AUGGCUUUCUUCCUCUUCAUUUUCACCAUUUUCUCAAGUUUGGCUUGGGACAACGGGGAGCAACAACUUCCAGAUCAUGAGGACUGUCAAAGUGGAAUUCCCUGCAACAGAAGAGAACAGAACCUGACAAUCUGUCCAGCAGGUUAUCAGAGCUCCUCCGACGGUGGAAGACACUGUGUCAAACGAACAUAUGAUAUCUGUCGGGAUACAGCCUCUCGAAAUCAGGAAGGACAGUGUUUAACCAAGAAAGAAUGGGCUCAUUAUUGCUCAGAAAAGGUUUGUACUGUCCCCAGGGAUUAUCAAGGCUAUGACAAGGUUCUUGGCCUCUGCAUCUGUCAAGCUGAGGAUCUGGAGAGUGUGUGCAAUUCGCAGUGUAGGAGACAACAAAGAGAGACUCUGCAGGUCGCUUGUACCAAGAAAAAUCCUCAGCUCGUUAUCACUUACAGAAACGGGAGCAAGGUUGCCGUUGUCUUGGAAGAAUUAGGAACAGUUCUACUAGGACCAUAUUUCCCUUUAAAAGAUGUCUGCACUUCAGAACAAAGCAAAUAUUCCCAUCCAGCAUACAUCGUCAAAACAAGUGGGAAAGGAUUUUUAGGAGCGUAUAAUCCUGACCCACAGCUAUUUCACAACUUCAUCAUGCUAAACAAGGCUUCAUCGCUACAGAGAAACUGGCCUUCCUCAGCAACAGCUCCAGGUAACUCUAGCCAGGAAGAAUCCAGAUCUCCCAUGGAACAAAGCCUGAAACCUUCAACUUCCACAUCAAAAAUCAUAUUUACUGGCAUCUUAAAUCCUACCACAUGCAUUAAUGCUAAUGUUACCAUCAUGUUCAUUGUCUCCAAGGAACAUUACCCAGUUUAUGAUGUAAACAACCUGUACAACACGAAUGCUGAAUUUGACUGGGGGGAUUUUCGAAGGCUCGCAGAGGAAGUGAGAGAGGCCUCCCAAAAAAUCCUCUUCUUCCUCUUCCAGUUCCAGCACCCUGGUACCUAUGUGUUACAACUGAGCAGCAAUCAGCACAAAAAAAUGGUGAGCAUGACACUGAGCAUGUGA